AGUCUGUAACGUGGCUUAAAAGCAAUGAAGUACGCCAUGGAUCUGCAUUGGAUAGACUCUAAUCAUCCUAUAAAACGGAGUACAAAGUCCGCAUUUUGAUCAAACAAUCUAUUUUUGUCAAGUUACCUGGACGAAUUUGUACCCCAUGACACUGUCUGUAAAUAAGCACUAAGUUCAUUUCUACGUACGGAGUACCAUAAAAUUAAACAAGAUCAAUACUAUAAUGUUUGUUCAUAGGGAUAUAUGACGUAUAUAUAUUCUACACUACACAUAAUCAGCACAGUAUUACAAUAAAUGCAGGUGAUGUGGAUAGUUUUUAUCCCCUUUUUAUCCAGCGCGGUUCAUCAUCAGCCGGGCAGAUUCUAUACCAGUGAGAAUGGUAGAAAAACGGGCUGUAUAGUCAAUGGGAUGAUAUUCAACUUGUUUGUGUAGGCUUUCAAAUAGUGACACAUAGCUGAAAUCAACGUGGCAGAUAUGGACAAGGUGUGACAGCACUUCAUCGGAUAAACCAAUGGAAUAUUGAUGGUAAUGUUCACGUGAUACACAUUCGGCAGUCACCAAAAUCUGAGCAGCAGAACGGCGUCCGGAGAACUCCUUGAUAAGCUCGACACCUAAUUAUUGAGCUUCGCGCGGCACUGACCGAGACUCCACGAUCAUGGAUCCGGUAUCUAUCAGUGGUAGGGAAGGGAGAACUGUAACUGGUGGCAGGAGAAUAGAUGAUCAGUGGAAUGGAUACCAGUGGAAUAUACCACUAGACGAGAUAGUUGACUGUGACUCUGCACCAGAAUGUUGUCGUAAUUGCUACUAUAAUAACAAAGGAAUGAGCAAAAAGAAGAAAUCCGUCAUUGUUUUCUUCAUCCUCGCAUUGUCCGUCAUCCUCGCGGCUCUCGUCGUCCGAUUCUCCCUCGGUAGCAUUGAUAUCAUUCUCGGAAUCGGAGACCAGCGACCAAUCAUCAGUCAGGAUAUGAAUUUUUCACCGCUACUCUGCUCCAGUUACAGCAUGGUCAAUGUUCCAAUGCAGCAUAAUCCAGUUCCAUUGUCGUCGUCGUCACUAUCAUCGUCGAGGUCUUCAGAACAAAUCGAACCAGCAAUGUUGCACUCUUAUAAUGAAAAUAAUAUUCCUCUGUUUGACGCAUAUAUGCUGCUAGACACACCCUACCGUAGCUACCAAACGAGUUCUUAUACCGUUCAGGAAACGAUGGCAUUUCCUAGCCAUGAUUAUUUCAAUUAUUGGGCCUCACAUUUUGACUCUGGCUCUGAGGUGACGAUAAGUCUUUGUCCAGACUUAGACAUAGAACUCCACCUUGUUGAAGGCAAGGGCGACUUGGAUAAGAUUCUUAAAAAUCGCCAAGUCACUGGAUCCGUGAAACACACCUUUUCUCCUUGUUCUUCAUUUCGUAAGGCUUCUAGUUAUCACUUUUCAGUCGCCUCGUCUCCAGAUACCUAUGCUUUUGUUUUUACAAUCGCUAACACAGGUACACCUAGCAGAUCAAAUACUUCUACCGUUGCUACGUUUUCCUUUAGAAGGAAAGAACUUGUAUUCGAUGAAGUUGCCUUAUACGCGAGCUGCAAAAAUACAGACCAGUGCUUGCUUCCCGUCCCGAAUAAAGCCAGUUCGAUAAUGAUAGAGAUGAAGCAAAACGCGACUGCAUGGCCGAUGACGAUUCGAACAGAAUGCAUCCCGUCAAUCGGAAUGUACUUUGCCUUUUUUCUUGGCAUUCCUGCAGGUGCAAUGGUUUUCCUUGGGGCCUGCGGUGGAAUCCUGUAUCUGUGCCAGAUGUCUGUCAUGAACGACAUCGAAAGAGCUGAACGUCGACGUCGUCCUCACCCAACAGCCAGUCAUUCAGCAUCAACAACGUCAUCACCACCAUCCGUAAGCUCUACAUCGGGGACGAUGUCGAGACUGGCGGCGAAUCGACGAGCGUUCAGGACGACGACGUCACCAAGGUCGCCUUUGGUCGAUCACGAUGUGCUGUCGGCGAUGGCCGAAGUUAAUAGACAUUAUGAUCUCCCACCAACGUAUAACGAAGUGGAACACGUUUCGUCACCAGUUGAAGAUCGACCUCCUCCCUCUUUUGAGGCAACGCAGAACCAACAUGCCGAAGACCCUCCUUCUUAUGACAGUAUUAUGACAUGAUCAAAACAUUUCCUAUACCCUUUCGGUCUAUGACUGUUAAUUUUUACUUUGAAAUCGCUGUUUAAAAUUUCAAGAAUGCUGUUUAAGCUCGCCACUCUAACAACUAUUGUUUUAAACAUUUUUUUUAAGUUUAAACAAUAAGUUAUUGUUUAAAAGUUUAAACAACUUGUUGUUAAAGUGACAGGCUUAAUCAACGUGCUUAAUUUUUUUUAAACAGCGUUUUUUUGUCUUUCCCCACAUUUCACUCUCUCUUCUCUCUCAUUUACUGCAUUUUUAUGUUCUCUUCCUUUCUUAACCUCCUUCUCGCUCCCCCUCUCUCUAGCGUUCUUAUUGCUGUUCCCUAAAUUUCCUCAGUGAUCUGUAUUUCCUUUCUCAUUAUCUUGCCCAUGUUGACCAGCAUUCUUCUAUAUCUUCUUCUUCCAUCCACCCAUCUGUUUUCAAUGUAUCUCGUAAUACCCCGUUUCCCGGUCUUUCCCAAUUCGUAAUUUGCAUGAUUUUGCAAAGCAACUAGCAAUAACUAGAUAUUUGCAACUGAUGUGUUUAUCAAAUUCAUAUUCGUUUACAGAUACAGUUGAAAUUGGCAUCAGAUAAAAAAAGUUUUAAGUUUACUUAAUAUCCUGUCAAGCCUAUCAUGCAAUAUUUUGCUAGAUACGUAGGUCUAUUUUUUUAUAUAUAUUUUUUUUUUACUUUAUUUGUUAUUUGUUUACUAUAAUUAUGAUGACUAGUUUUAUAAGAUCUUUAUACUCAUACAACAAUUGGUCUGAAAAGAUGACAAAUGGUCUCCCGAUAUGAAUCUAAACCAUGUAAGCGGUAAUUAGUUUGGCUUGGCACGAUUAUAUUAUAUAAAACAAAUAUUAUAUAAAACAUAAAAACCAAGAAAAAACCGGGUAAAAUUAUAAGUUAUUGAAUUUUAUGAGGUUUCGGUAAAACAAUUAUAAUGUAUGUGUCACGUCAUUUUUAUAGAGCGACUGAGCUGAUGAUGUCAAAUCCUCAUUUUGUUUUUCUUAAUAUUAUUUUAGAAAUUCUAAUUGCUUACUAAUUUUCCGUAGACCUUAAAUAUUUCCCCUGUAUCGACGUUGGUUUGGCCUUCACUAAGGUUAGUAAGGUUACACAUUAAAUUAACAGUAGAUCCUAAUUCUUCUGAAGAAAAAGGGGGUGACAUCAUCGGCUGAUCCAUUGAAUAUUCACGGAGACAAACAUAUAACUGUUUUACUGGAAUAAUGCAGAAUUUCAGAAUGCCAUCAUCCACUUUUUGAUCGAUUUUGUCAGUGUUUUGCCCGUUAAAAUUCUAUUUUUUCAGCCAUUAGGUUCAUAUUAUACCUCAGUUGUCAUAAGAGUUCAUACAAUCUUAUUUUAUACCGUAAAAAGUACUUAUACAUUCAUGGUAUGAAAAUUAUCAUGUGUUGAAUAUUUUGUGAUUCGUGUUCACCAUAGUGGAUGAAUAUAGUUUGCAAUACAGGAUAUUGACCAGUCAAAAAAUAUAAAGAUUAUGUGUGUCUGCAUGUGCAUGUACAUAUUUUUUCAUGUUCUUAUCAUAUCUUGAAUAGUCAUCGGAUAAUUAUGCACAAUAACUUUGCUUUUUGUAUUCAAUUGAUACGCCAAUAUGUGAUUGAACAGUUUUAUGGUUCUGGGUUUCCCCAAUGUCAAAGAUCAAGUGUAACGUCAUCUAGGUGCCAUCGGAGGUCAUUAUGUCUUUUCCAAGUGAAAGGGAGAUAAAAAGCAGACAUCACACAGGGGAGAGAACACUGUACUAUCCAUUUUAUUCACGCCGUAUAUACAGCUAGAAUUUUCUUGUGAUGAGUAAAGAAUUGUAAUUCAGGCAACUAUGACUGAAUAUCUAUUGUCUGAUAAUUAUGUAAUAAAAUAUAUCGAUAAAUUGCA